GCCAGCCUGUACGCUUCAGCGGAAGUGCAGCAGCGCGGCGUUUCCGUUGACGCCAUAGCCGCUUCCCCGGUGAGGUAACUAACUUCGCCGCUGUUCUGGUCGAGAAGGCCAAAUAGCAAAAGCGCCAUGUUGCGACUGCCAGCCGUUGGUCGAGCUCUUGCCGGGGCUGCGAAGGGCAGCCUGGCUCCUUCCACUCCUGUGCGUGCUCCUGUGCGAGCUGCCAGCAACAUGGUGGAAGUGUUUGUGGAUGGAAAGCCGCUGGAGGUGGAGCCUGGGACCACGGUGCUGCAGGCCUGUGAGAAAGCGGGAAUUCAGAUCCCGAGGUUCUGCUACCACGAGCGUCUGUCGGUCGCAGGAAACUGCCGAAUGUGUCUCGUGGAGAUCGAGAAAGCCCCGAAGCCAGUCGCAGCCUGUGCCAUGCCUGUCAUGAAAGGUUGGAACAUCCUCACAAACUCUGAAAAGACGCGCAAAGCCAGAGAGGGAGUGAUGGAGUUCCUGCUGGCGAACCAUCCGCUGGACUGCCCCAUCUGUGACCAGGGGGGAGAGUGUGACCUCCAGGACCAGUCCAUGCAGUUCGGCUCCGACCGCAGCCGCUUCACAGAGGGAAAGAGAGCGGUGGAGGACAAAAACAUCGGGCCGCUCAUCAAGACCAUCAUGACCCGCUGCAUCCAGUGCACACGCUGCGUUCGGUUUGCCAGUGAGAUCGCCGGCGUGGAAGACCUGGGGACGACGGGCAGAGGGAACGAGCUGCAGAUCGGGACCUACGUGGAGAAGAUGUUCAUGUCGGAGCUGUCGGGGAACGUCAUAGACGUCUGUCCUGUCGGGGCGCUCACCUCCAAACCCUACGCUUUCACCGCCAGACCGUGGGAGACCAGGAAAACGGAGUCGAUCGACGUGUUGGACGCCGUCGGCAGCAACAUCGUGGUGAGCACCAGAGGAGGCGAGGUGAUGAGGGUGAUGCCCAGGCUGCACGAAGACAUCAACGAAGAGUGGAUCUCCGAUAAGACCAGGUUUGCCUACGACGGGCUAAAGAGGCAGAGGCUCACCCUGCCAAUGGUGAAGGAUGAUUCAGGUCAGCUGACUCCGACCACCUGGGAGGACGCUCUCACCCGCGUCGCAGGAGCUCUCCAGAGCGUUCAGGGCGCCGAGGUGGCGGCCAUCGCUGGAGGGAUGGCAGACGCCGAGGCUCUGGUUGCCCUCAAGGAUCUGCUCAACAGGCUCAACUCGGAGAACCUCUGCACCGAGGAGGUGUUCCCCAUGGCGGGAGCAGGCACCGACCUGCGCUCCAACUACCUGCUGAACAGCCGCAUCGCCGGCAUCGAAGAGUGCGACCUGCUGCUGCUCGUAGGGACAAACCCUCGCUACGAGGCGCCGCUGUUCAACGCCAGGAUCCGCAAGAGCUGGCUUCACAACGAGCUGCGUGUGGCCAUGGUGGGCCACCAGGUGGACCUGACCUACACGUAUGAGCACCUGGGAGAGGAGAGCGCGGUGCUGAAGGAGCUGGCCAAUGGGACGCAUCCGUUCAGCCAGGUCCUCGCGGCUGCAAAGCGCCCGGUGGUGGUCGUCGGAAGCAGCGCGCUGCAGAGGGAAGACGGCGCCGCGGUCCUGAGCGCCGUCUCCGCCAUCGCUCAGAACGCCAGGACCAGCAGCGGGGUGGACGGCGGCUGGAAGGUCCUCAACGUCCUGCACAGAGUGGCCAGUCAGGUCGCCGCCUUGGAUCUAGGCUACAAGGCCGGCGUGGACGCCAUCAGGAAGAAUCCGCCUAAAGUCCUGUUCCUGCUCGGAGCCGAUGGCGGCUGCAUCACCAGAGCCGACCUGCCCAAGGACUGCCUCGUCGUCUACCAGGGUCACCACGGGGACGUGGGAGCUCCCAUGGCAGACAUCAUCCUACCCGGUGCCGCGUACACGGAGAAAAACGGCACCUACGUCAACACGGAGGGCAGGAGCCAGCACACCAAGCUGGCCGUCACGCCGCCCGGCAUGGCCAGAGACGACUGGAAGAUCAUCAGAGCUGUGUCCGAGUUGACAGGAGUGACGCUGCCCUACGACUCCCUGGACGAGGUCCGGUCCAGGCUGGCCGAGGUCUCUCCUAACCUGGUCCGCUACGACGACGUAGAGGAGGCCAACUACUUUAAACAGGCCAACGAACUCUCAAAGUCUGUAAACCAGGACCUCAUUGCCGCUCCUCUGGUGCCGCCUCAGAUCACAGCCAAGGACUUCUAUAUGACCGACCCCAUCAGCAGAGCCUCCCAGACCAUGGCCAAGUGUGUCAAAGCUCUCACAGAGGGAGCCGCCGCCGUCGACGAGCCGUCCGUCUGCUGAACGCCUCGCAUGACAGUACCGACUCCUCCAGCUGUCCUCGAACGCAACACGGGUCUCUGAAACGAGCGCUGUGUUGCUCUAUAAUUUAAACCUUCCCUUGUCGCUUGUUGUGUACAUUCAGUUGUUUUCAGUCUUUAUUGAAUAAUGCUGAGAAUAUAAAUAAAAUCUUAAAUAUGCCUUCA